UUUUUACAAGUGCUUUUGUGAGAGUAAAAGAGUAUAGCAAUUUAAAAAAGCGGCAAAAUAUGAAAAAAACGUAUAAAAUAAAUAUUUUGUGAUUAAAUAUGAAUAAAUAAAAGAAAACUUGAGAUAUCUUAAAAGCUAAGCAUAAACAGCUUUGUUGCUGUUUAAGGAUUUUUCGACAUUUUUAAUUAUACUCGCCUUACCGUUUCUUUUUUAUGCAUUGUAAGCUUUCGAAAGAAAAAAACCGCUUUUCUUCAAAAUUCUGUAUGUUGGUCUCUUUCUAACACUGCUGAACCUUAACAAGGACAUAAGGCCAAGGAAAGACUCCAUGCAUUGUAGAGUUACAUGCCAUGCACGGCGAGUUGCUGCUUGCGGCGUCGUCGUUGAAGUAGCAGCAGUAGUAAAAUAAAUCUACAGAAACAUUGCUAUCGCUCUCUUUGACUCUCUGUGUUAAAUCUCUCAUAAAUGGGGGAUGUAACGGAGUUAACAGAUUCAAAGUUUUUAAGUCCCAAAGUGGAGAGUCUCUCAACUCAGCUUGCUCUCUCUCUCUCCCUGUGUAUUGCUCCCUUUAUUUUCUGCCAACUCUGUUAAUGUUGUUUGUGGUGUUAAAGUAACGAGUACACCUUUCAUGCAUUUUCAACCAUGACAGUUGCUGCGGAAACUCGUUGCCAGUUGGUGGUGGUCUUAUUAGAAUGUUGAACACUAAGCGUAACUAACGGGGCUGCGGAUGCCAAACGGUAAUGGUGGCUUCUUGCCUGAGAAAGCCAAAGAAAAAAUACUUUUAGUGAAUGAAAUCUAGCAAAUAUUCUGUGUUAAGUGCAUUGGGGCUCAAAUAAAUGGCAAGCAAAUAACAUAAAACCAUAUAAAAAAUUCAAAAACGCGUCGUGCAAUAUCGAGUUGAAAAAUCUUUGGCCCCUUAGUGCGGAAUAUAAAAAUUUGUGUGCAAUAAAACAAACAAGAGAGAAAAUCUUCAGUGAUUUGCUGGGAUUUGUCUAGAAAAAGUUUUAAAACAUCCCAUAAAAACCAGAGUGGCGAUUCUAAUUGGAGUGCUAUUGUUCCCUAAAAAUAAAAAAAAAAAUUUGCCUAAAAAAUUAAACAAAAAAAGUGCGGAAAACCUUACAACUAUUCGGUGGUGUAUGCUGGCGAGUCCCCUUUAAGGAGUAGAAAAUGAUAUUUAUUCACAUCAGGAAUAUUGAAAACUAUAACUCACUUUAAGGCGAACAUCGAGAGAGAUAACUUAGCGGAAACCCGUUUGCAAAGAAAUUCAAUUAUAACAACAAUUAUUUUACCAGUCAAGAUGUGUAUUGGUGUAUGCAUGGAAAACAUGUUUAAUUGCUAAACAAUGAUGAGAAGCCCCAGAGAACAGCCAAGACAAAGGGAACAAACUAGGGUCUUUUUCACCACCAUCCGAUAUCUAAAGAAAAGUGGGAAAAAAGGCCUAUAAAAGCAAAAAAAAAAACCAAGCAGACGGCAAAACAUUGCUGGAGGUUUGAGAGCGAGAUAGAGAGAAACGGCAACAACAUUUGCACAUAAGGAACAUGUUGCAGCCAACAUCCUGUGGCCCGGGGCCACCGGACAAAAUCGUAGAGUUUAAUGGUAACGAGUUGCAGCAAGAUAACAUAAUAGACAUAGCCGUCUUAAUGGCGGCCAACAAACUCCUCGACCAUAAACCCAGCAGAGUAGAAAUCAUCGCCGCAAACGAAGCCAAGGCUGCGAUAGCAGCAAUUGAUACCAACAAGCAGCAUAGCUUUAAAGUCAAUGCUAGAGAUAAUUCUGCUGAUGGUGAUGAGGUGCGAACCAACUACAAGAUGACUCACAUCAACCAGACCACCACCAAAUACCCCAAUAGCCAUGAAUGUAAUAGCGACAACAAUAACAACUGCCAUUUAAAAGAGAUUACAUUUUAUUUUAAUAAAACAACAGCAGCGGCAAACAGCAUUUCAACGUUUUUCACCUCCAAUGCCAGCUUCUCAUCAUAUCCACAUUUCAGUUGUUUGGCAAAGCAAUGGCCAGUUAAGUCUUGCUUGCAGCCUUGCACUUCAUUUCUUACUUCAAUCAGCAUGGCAGCAUGCGGUGGUGGGCUAACCAAGUUUAAUAGAAUUUCCAGCAACGUUAGUAAUUUGCAUUCCCUAUUCUCAUCAAAAUGGAUUUUAAUGAUUCUAAUGCUGUUGGGCAUUUUGGCACAAGGACCCCAACAAGUGGCAGCUGAAAAGAGUAAACACUAUUACAUGCAAUCGUUGUGCAAAAAUCAUUUUCUACAGCAACUCUAUCGAAAAAUCGAUGGUGCUGUACUUUGGUCGCAGAAUGAACGAAAUCUCGACUGUAUCAUCACCUUUCAAACGCAUUCGAUACUGCAGCGAUUUAUGUUACGCUUCGAUAUGCUGCAAUUGGAUUGCAAUGACCAUUUGUACGUGUAUGAUGGUGCCCAUGCGGUGGCAACACCCAAGAUUGAUAUAUCCUGUCGCCAAACAAAGCAAACAGUGAGUUCAAUAUUGACACGUACCAAUUUUGUUACACUCAAAUAUGUAACAGACAAUUGGGGUACAGAUGCGAAUGGUUUCAAAUUGGUUAUAACAUCAGUGAAGGAUCCAAAACAUACAUGCAAGGAUUUCACCUGUGGCUCCAAUGGCUUUUGCAUACAUCCUGAUCUACUGUGCGAUGGCAUUAAUCAUUGUAGCGAUAACUCCGAUGAAUCGGUGCAUAAAUUAUGCCAAAAUGAGACCACCAGCACUGUAUUUGGCAUGGAUAUGACAUGGUUUGUAAUGAUUGUGGUUAGUAUACUGCUGAUAUUAAGCGCGGCCAUUGUGGGCAUUACUAUUUGCGUAUGUCGGCGACAAGAGGACACCAACAAUCCACACAAUACAGCCAUGCAAUUACAUCAUACGGCCGAAACGAAUGGCUCCUCAAAACACCUGCAUUACACACAUGGCGGUACAUUGAGCAGAGAACACACACAACUACCGCCGACGUCGGGAAACUGGCAUCACCCUGCGGGACCAUACGGGUACCUCCGCACGCAACGCAACUACUUGAAGAUGGCCACCAAAGUCCGUCCCAUCUGGUGCUUGGCAAAUUUCGUCAAUUAGGUCAAGAUCUAUCAACAAAUUCCACUAACAAUUUGGGCAUGUCCCAGACAAACAUAGCCAUUAAUAAUGUGGCCAAUCCUGCUAAUGCUGUGGGUGCCGCCCAAAAAGAUGAAUGGUUUGUCUGAGACACCCAAACCCCAAAUAUGUUAGUUGAAUAUAAAUAGAUUUUGAUUGAACUGCUACAAAAAGAAGAAAAAAAGGAACGAAUAUUGUAACCUAAGAAAAAAAACUUACAAACAAGAAACAAAUUUGCACAGCAUUGAAUGAAGACUGUUAAUGAAACCAAAAUAAUAACUUUUGAAAUAACAUCAAUUACUAAAUAUAUGAACUAAAAACCUAUAUAUAUUUUGGUGGACAUCACCACGCAGGGUGUAUGUAAUAAGAGAUUUUUCGUACCCAAAUCUCUUAGACUAAAUCAACAACAAGAACAACAACAAAAACAAAAAGAAACAACAAAAAUCUACUAAAAAAAAACUAUGAACGAUGGAAUAGAAAACAGAAAUUAUAAAAAACGCAGACGAAUAAUGAAAACAAAUAUUUCUUAAAUGAAUUAAACAAAAAUUUAAAAACACAAAAGAAAUCCCGAUUUUCUGUAAAUAAUUUAUAAAUAUUUAAAUUGAAUUUAAACAAAAGUAAAAUAAUUUAAUUACCUAAAUAAUACCGAACAGAAGUAGAAUGUAAUUUGAAUUUGUUUCCAAGGUGACACAUUAUGCUUCUAUUAUAUAUGUAUGUAUGUAUGUAUAAUUGGCAUAUAAAGUAAUUAGACAAAAUUUUUUGUGCAAAAAAAUAUGAAAUUGGCAUAGAAAAAUCGUGGUUAUUAAUCAAAAGUAAAGUAUAGAAAAUUUUUUAGUUUUUUUGUUAUGAAGGAAAAAUUAACUUUAAAUGCAAAUAUAUUCAACAAAAAUCAUAGAAAAAUCCCUUAAGCAAAUCGUUUGCACAAAAUUAAUACAUACUUUGAAUUUGAAAUUGUCAACAGUAUAUUCGAUUUUCUUGUCAAUAAUCACAACAAAUUCAAUAAAAGGAACAAAUCAUAUACAGUUUGUUAAUUAAAUGUUUUCAUAAUUAAGAAAUGAGCGAAUUUUUAAAUAAACAGGAAUAAUAAAAAGCGCACAAUGCCAGGACAGCUUCGAAUCGAAGAGUAUGCCAAGGUAUUUCGCCUCCUUCGACAGAUGCAGGGUGAUCCCAUCCAAGGACGGGAGUCAACUCCGGUAUAUUGUAUCUGCGCGUGAAGAGUAUCGGCUUCGUCUUCCUUGGGUUGGUUCUUAACCCAUUUUUGGUAGUCCAUCGCGACAAUGUCCUAAGUGAACCUUCCAUGAUCUCGCUGAUCGUCGACAGAAACCUAACUCGGAGCGGCAACACGACGUCGUUCGCAUCAGCGCUUAUCUUCAUGUCAUCUCCCCUCCCUAGGGCGUUCCUUUUGUCACCCGCCUUCUAUCCACAGUAUCUCCCAGGUUUGCAUUAAUAAUUAUGGGGUGAAUCUCCGUGCGGUCCAGUGCGG